AGCAGCACCCAGCUGUAAAAUUGUUUUUCUGACUUUGCUGCUUAACUUUGUGUGUUUAUAUCUUAAAUUUAAUUGUGAUAAAGUGCGAAAUGGAUAAUUUGGAGCACAAACAAGUGGAAAACACCAGCAAACUGAUGGAAAAAAUCGAAAUUGACAUAGAAAACAACAAAAGUGCCGGCAUUUCGGCAGCGGAAGAAGACGAAGCUGUUCCCAAUAAGAAGAAGAAGGUGGAAGGGAAAGACGAUAGUGAUAAGGGGAAAGACUGCACCAGCGAAAAAGAGAUAGCUGAUUUAAAAAUGCAACAGCAAAAUUGCCAGGAUAAGAACACCUGUAGAUGCGCACAACUGGAGGCGGAGGCCAUCAAGGACAAUAGCCAGCUGUGGGAGUUUCGAGUGCGCAGCAAGGACAUCGACUGGCGAAACUUUGUCCAGCCGCUGGACACCAGAGUUCGAUCCGAUGCGGUCUACUUGGAGCGCCAGGUGGACUUUGUGGGCAGCCAACGGCGUCCCGUGACGGAGAAUAAUCGCAGGGAGCUGCUCGUUUGCCACGAUAUGAUGGGCAAUUACCUCGAGGAUCGGCACUUUCACAGUUCGGAAAAGUACGACGACUAUCGAUUCGUGCAUUGGUCAGCCGUGGAUUACUUCUGCUACUUCAGUCACGAAUACGUGACCAUUCCGCCCAGCGGAUGGCUCAAUGCCGCCCAUCGACACGGAGUUCCGGUGGUGGGCACGUUCAUUGUGGAGGGAGAGGGACGACUUGAUGAGGUCCUGGCCACAGAGGAAAGUGUUAGCAGGACCGUCGAGGCCCUAACCCGCCUGUGCGGGCACUUCGGAUUCGAAGGAUGGCUGGUCAACGUGGAGGUGAAGGUGCCCCAGCGCAACAUGCCCAAUCUUUACCGCUUUGUCCAGGAACUGACCUCCGCCACGGAAUCACGUGUGCCCCAUGGACGCGUCUUUUGGUACGACAGCGUUACGGAGAGCGGCCAACUGCUGUGGCAGAACGAGUUGAACUCCCGCAACGUGGAGUUCUUCCGGCGCAGCCAUGGAACACUGAUUAACUACGCCUGGGACGAUGGACACUUGGAGCGCAGUGCCCAGCAGGCGAAGAAGGAGCAGUCGCCGCUGCAUCGCGUUUUCAUGGGAUUGGAUGUCUUCGGACGGAGUCGGAAGGGCGGAUUCCAAAGUCUGGAGAGCAUGCAACGCAUUGCGGACGAGGGCUUCUCGGCUGGCAUCUUUGCACCCGGCUGGUCCUUCGAGACCCUCAAUCGAUUUGGGUACAACAUCAAGAAUCCACAAGGCGAAGGGCAGGUGAACUCGGCCUUCUUGGCCAGAAACGAGUCGUGGUGGGCUCGCAUUUGGCCCACUUUGGCCACGCAUCCCUACAGUUCGCUGCCCUUUUUCACGGACUUUUGCGUAGGUUCCGGUCGAAAGAGUUACGAUCGGGGAUUGGUUGCUUCUGGCGAGGAUCGACCCUUUUUCAAUCUGUCGCGACAAUCGCUGCAGCCUUCGGUGCCGCUGGACAGGAAUGCAGUUCACCACUUCGAGGAGGCCUUCUCGGGUGGCUGUUCGCUUUUGGUGACCAACUACGAGCGAGCUUUCCGUCUCUUCGUCACGAAUUUUGAUCUACAACUGGGAGUUUUGCUCGUUGGGUUUGCCUAUAAAAUUAUUGGUGAUGCCACUGGCACCGACUUUGAUUUGCUGGUGCGAGUGACGCCGCAGAAAAAUAAUAAUUCAGAGUUUUAUCUAUUUUGCGGUGACUAUAGUGGCUAUGUUGAGGCUCCACAACGGGGUUAUCUUUCACCUCUUACCGAGUUGUUGCCCCGCGCUCAUGUUAAGCUGCCACGGGAUUCCAGAAAUCUGGGAGCAGGAUGGCAAGUGCGUUACUACCUGGCCAAGUUCGAUGGACCCGUCAGAGUCCAGGACAUUGGAGUAAAGUGCCGGCGGCCAGCGGAAUCGAAGGCUGAGGCUCAGCUGGGAGCUGUUUAUGUGGAGGCUUUGCCUCUAGAGAAUUUGACGCACGCACGGACAGAAAUUCCUCUCUACGGAAGAAACUUGUGGAUGGAGCAACGCGCUUGAAUCUACAAAUUAAUAAAAAAAAAACUUUUUUUUCAUUUGUAUAAAUGUACAUACUGCAUUAAAUAUUAAUUUCUAAUAAAGCAGCUGUGUUUUAACUUUCAUUAAAACCCUU